GUUAUGUCCAGGCCAACUCUCCAUUUGCUUCCCACUACGUACACUGCUGCCCUGCAUCUGAAAAGUACUGUCGUCUUUCAUUUCCAAUGCCUUCGUUGUCUUCCUACAUCCUUUGACUAUUCCCCUGUUCCCUUCUAUUGUCUUCUACAUUCGGUCCUUUUCAUUCUUCUGCUCCCCCAAUUAUUCAAUUCGCCUCAAUUGAUCCACCUGUCUACUACCGAGAACCGUAGACCAGGCCCUCGCCCAUUGCCUAGUGUUCGCGAAGCUCCAUGUUAUGCUAUCGGAUAUGACCGUAUCUUAUUAUUGAACUCGGUUCCUUUUCCUUGUGAAGCAUUUUCUUCCUUUCUUUUUAUUGCCUUUUUCUUCUAUUCCUACGGCUGUGUCGAUUACUCAAGUCGGCUCUUCGUACUUCCGCUAUUUACUUCUUUAAUAAUAAACCCGGUGACUUCUAGGGAGAGACGUCCAUCAUGGCUGAACCAGGAAUUGCAUUAAGCACUGGGGUCAACUUAACCUCUGAUGUGCGGCGCCGAAAUGUCCUGCACAUGGAGGGGCCUGGAAGGGGGGCUGGUGGCAUGGAGGAAAUCCAUAGCAAGCCCAAGCCCAAGGUUCACUCCCGUAUUUCGAUUGUUGAUCAAUGGGAACCUGUGGUCAUGCCUCUCUUGUUGACAGCCGUAGCUAUCUUCACGCGCAUGUAUCGUAUUGGUCGCUCGAAUAUUGUGACUUGGGAUGAAGCGCACUUUGGCAAGUUCGGAUCACACUACCUGAAACGCGAGUUCUACUUCGACGUACACCCACCACUUGGAAAAAUGCUUGUCGGCUUGUCAGGAUAUCUUGCCGGCUACAACGGGUCUUUUGAAUUCAAAUCUGGCGAGAAGUAUCCAGAAGAAGUCAACUAUACUUUCAUGCGUGUGUUUAAUGCCGCGUUUGGUGUCGUGUGUGUGCCACUUGCUUAUUAUACAGCUCGAGAACUUGGUUUCCGCAGGGCUACUGUCUGGCUCGUUAGUUUGAUGGUGCUAUUUGAUAACUCAUAUGCAACCAUCUCUAGAUUCAUCUUACUGGAUUCCAUGCUGCUGUGCUUCACGUUCACUACUACCCUCUGCUGGGCCAAGUUUCACCGACUGCAGCACGCGAGUUUCUCAACUGAGUGGUUUAUCUGGCUAUUCUUGACUGGGAUAAGUAUUGGUUGUGUGUGCAGUGUGAAAUGGGUAGGCUUCUUUUGCACUGCUCUUGUAGGCCUCUAUACGAUCGAAGAUCUAUGGAAUAAGUUCGGCGAUCUAAAAAUGUCAGAGGUUGUCCUUGCGAAACAUCUCUUGGCUCGUGUUGUUGGACUGAUUGUCAUACCGGUUUUGGUUUAUGUAUUUUCAUUCUACUUACACUUCUUGGUUCUGGAAAACAGUGGACCCGGUGACGCUCAGAUGAGUUCACUUUUCCAGGCCAAUUUGAGAGGAACAGAGGUCGGGAAAGAUAGUCCUUUGGAAAUUGCUCUUGGCUCAAGAGUCACACUGAAGAACAUGGGUUACGGCGGCGGACUUCUCCAUUCGCAUAUCCAGACAUAUCCCGAAGGAUCCUCUCAGCAACAAGUUACUUGCUAUCACCACAAAGACGCCAACAAUGACUGGUUCAUCUACCCCAGUCGUCACGAGCCAGACUAUGAUCCAAGUGCGCCCCUGCAGUUUGUAAGUGAUGGUGCUGUCAUUCGUCUUAUUCAUGGGCAAACAGGUCGGAAUUUACACUCUCAUGCAAUCCCUGCACCAAUCUCCAAGUCCCAGUACGAAGUGUCGUGCUACGGCAAUAUUACGAUCGGUGACGAUAAAGACCAUUGGGUGGUUGAGGUGGUUGAUGAUGUUGCAUCGAGGGAUAGAAGUAAAAUCCGCACCCUUACUACUGCAUUUCGCCUGCGACAUCCUGUCUUAGGUUGUUAUUUACGAGCCGGCAACGUCAAUCUCCCGCAAUGGGGUUUCAAGCAGAUUGAAACUACAUGCGUGAAAGAGAACAAACCGAGCGAUGUAUACACACACUGGAAUGUCGAGUCUCACUUUAACGAACGGCUUCCGCCGGGUGAUCCAGGAUCUUACAAGUCGCCUUUCCUGAAAGAUUUUAUCCACCUGAAUGUUGCCAUGAUGACGUCCAACAAUGCACUGGUUCCCGACCCAGAUAAGCAGGAUGAUCUCGCCUCAAAAUUCUGGCAAUGGCCCAUACUUAAUGUCGGGCUUCGGAUGUGCUCUUGGGACGACAAUACCAUUAAAUACUAUCUCCUUGGCAACCCCUUCGUUUACUGGGGGAGUACGGUUAGUCUUGGAGUCUUUGGGCUUGUGGUUAUUUGGUAUCUCGUGCGUUGGCAGCGAGGUUACAAUGAGCUUUCCCAAGCGGAUAUUAACCAUAUCCACUAUUCUGGCGUGUACCCGGUCGUUGGAUGGAUACUGCAUUAUCUGCCUUUCAUUGUUAUGGGAAGGGUGACAUAUGUUCAUCAUUACUACCCAGCACUGUACUACGCCAUACUUACCUUUGGGUUCUGCGUCGACUGGCUCACGCAAACAAUGAAUGGUAAACUCCGCUGGGCUAUCUAUUCUUUGCUUUACGCUCUCAUAAUCGGUAUGUUCCUGUAUUUCCGGGCGAUUGUGUUUGGCAUUGAAGGCUCGAGUCAGCAGUGGGCUCAUUUGGACUGGUUGAGCGGCUGGCGCAUAGCCAAUUGAAAUACCUCGCGUCUUCUGACAUUCCUCUUUCCACUUCUCUCCUUUUCUAUUUCCUAUAUUUGUCUUUCUUUCCCUUCUAUUAUCACACCGUCCUGUUUCCAGUAUUCUAUACUUCUAUUGUUGUACUAUGAAAACACUUCUGCUGUAGCCUGUGUACUAUCGCGUUUCGAUCAUGCUGGCGAAAUCAAACAAG